AUUUUUAGAGACGCUCCGUCAGUAUUAAAUUCAAGACUGUGUAUAGUGGAAACCUACGUAACUGACGAUCAAGUGAAAUUUUGUGAUUUUUGUUGGAGGAGCAAUCGAGAUUUGAACAUUGAUGAUGAUGAAAGAAAAAAUUUUUAUUGUAAAUUAGGUCAUUACUGCAUGGAUUCUUAUGAAUAUCAGUUUUAUAUUAAUUCCAGAUGUUCCUUAUGUAAAUAUCGGUUAUAUUUAUAUUUUUAUAGAAAUUGUUGCAUAUACUGCAAUUCCGUAAACAGUUGAAAUAAUCAUUUAUAUUUUUCAUAUUCUAUAAUUUUUUUUUAAUCCGUUUUUUUUAAAUAACUACUAAUAUUUCAUCAAAAUUUAUAGCUAAAUAAUUAUAGUUAGAUAAGUUAUUUCAGAAAUUAAAUGAUUUCAGUGAAAUAAUACUUCUCAAGUAUUACCGUAUCUACUUAUCAGUUUACAGAACAGGAACCUUAUUUCCGUAUCGAUAUCACUUGUCGCACCUUACCUAUAUAAGGUGAUAAAAGUCAAAUUUUCAUCAUUAUUAAGUUGCCGAUUAUUGAUCGUGUUUGACCGUAAUUUAAAUUUUAAAAUUUUUAUUAAAAUGGAAAAACUAAAUGCAGUGGGAUGUUGUGAAUACAAAAAAAAAAAUAUCCCCGGAAGCAAUGGGUGUUGGUGUUAAACAUAAAAUUGUUGGUAUAAGAAAAUUAAAAACGACAUAUGGCGACACGGUGUUGGUGGAACUAGAACAAAAUGUUGUGUUUUUACCUAAAAGACUAGUACCGUAUUUUACAAAGUCCACUAUCGAUGACAUGCUGGCUGGGAGUGGGUCGUAUAUAAUAUAUGACGGACAAAAAGUCGUCGGAAGUAGCGGUGGUCGGGCCAAUUGCUUUGAAUUUGAAAAAAUAAAUAAUUAAAGAUGAACAUUAACGAUUUAUUAAGUGAUACUAAAAAACUUUUUUUGGCCAUUAAAUCUGAAAGUGAUAGACUAAAUUUUUCCAAAUUUAAUAAAAACUCAAUCCGAAAAGUGUUAAAUAAAUUUAAAAAAUCAGAUUUAACUCACCCGGAAAAAUUAAAAUUUGAAAAUGCAUUAAGUUUAUUAAAAUCAUUCAAUGAACAAAUACGUCAACACAAAAUUAAACAUGGAAGUGGAGGAUUUGCAGGAGGUGCUGGUUCCAGCGGAUUACAACAUAACAAUUAUUCUAAUAGGCUUCCGAAAAGGGUUGCAUGGAAAAUUAUUGCAUCUGCAUUCAAGUCUAGAAUAAUUACAGCUACAAUAAUAAAUUUGGCUUAUAAAGAUCCAUCUCGAUUUUUGGAGGAAUGUAUAAAAAUAUUAAUUAUAAAAUUAAGAAAUAUACUAAAAAAAUCUGGACCGAUUAAAAUCUAUUUGAAACUUUGUUGCGAAUUUGAACUAUUAUCUACAGAAGAAAUUGAUUAUAAACAUUUUGUAACAGAAAAUAAGGAAAUUUUAAUAGAUAGUAAUAUUAAGAAUGUACUUUUGGAAUUAAUAGAAACCAUUCUCAGGAAAAUAGAAGAAUUUGAAUCUCACGGAUCUGGAUGGACUUAUAGGACCACUUCAUAUUUAAUUAUUUCUAUAAACAAAUUUUCACCAAUCAGUGGAGGAGUUUCUACAUACAUUCCGUUACCUCCUGCUCUUCAGAAAAAAAAGGUUAGUUUUUAAGGAACAUUGCACGAUAUGAAAUUUUGAGAUGUUUUGAUUAUUUUAG